CUCUAAUUUUGCUUCGACAGCAACCUGAACGACAACCAACGACCGACGCUCGUCAUCCACACCUUUUGCCUGCAACACCCACCAUCUUCCUCGACCAGGUGUAAUCAGCGUCAAAAUGUCCGACAGCGGGGAAGUCGAGGUCGAAAACCCGUCCGGGUUCCCGGUGCUGCCCAAGGAUGUUGCCUCUGAGAUUGGCAGCGUCAAACUCUUCAACAAGUGGAGUUAUGAGGAUAUCGAGGUUCGGGAUAUAUCUUUGACCGACUACAUCCAAAUCAGACAACCUGUGUACCUCCCUCACUCCGCCGGCCGUUAUGCCGCCAAGCGCUUCCGCAAGGCCCAGUGCCCUAUCAUUGAGCGCCUUACCAACUCCCUCAUGAUGAACGGCCGAAAUAACGGCAAGAAGUUGAUGGCUGUCCGAAUCGUCGCUCAUGCCUUCGAAAUCAUUCACAUCAUGACCGAUCAGAACCCCAUUCAGGUCGCCGUUGAUGCCAUUGCCAACUGUGGCCCCAGAGAAGACAGCACUCGUAUCGGUUCUGCUGGUACUGUUCGUCGUCAGGCCGUUGAUGUUUCCCCCCUCCGCCGCGUUAACCAAGCUAUUGCCCUCCUCACCAUCGGUGCCCGCGAGGCUGCCUUCCGCAAUGUAAAGUCUAUUGCUGAGUGCCUCGCUGAAGAAUUGAUCAACGCCGCCAAGGGAAGCUCGAACUCAUACGCCAUCAAGAAGAAGGACGAGUUGGAGCGUGUCGCGAAGAGCAACCGAUAAACGAUUUUUCGAAAAAGUAUUAUGGUUGUUACUUUUGUCGUAUCGGGGCGGGUGGUGUCCGGUUUCGGUGGAUUUGCCUUCAUAUGCCACUCCGGUCUUUUGGACUGCUAUUUGAAAGAACAAAAUCCGAACGGAUAACCUUUCUAUCAUGUAGCCGAAAUGCAAUUAUGAAGUUUUCAAAUGUCUGCCGAGCUACUUUCCUACUACCCAUUUGUUUGUAGGAUUCUCUUCGCUGUUUUCAUGGGUAGCACGUGUAGACUGUUGCAAAAUGGGUCGCAGAAUU